UCAAGUACUUUGCUUACUGUGAUCCUUUCCACUUUGCAAUUUUUAGGACCUUCAACUGCAUAAGUUUCUCUGCACAUUGAUUUUACUGUCAUAUGGGGAUUUCUUUUCCAAUAGUACUGAAAUCAUUAGAUUCUGCAAUUCUUAUUCAACAAAACUGGUGGAAGCUUUUAGAUUCUUCUGAACUGAAGCAAAGCUCUAUAUGUUUCUUUGACGUUGAAAACCAUGAAACUGCCAUUUCGCGUUGGGCUAGAGCUAGAACAAGAGCUGCUAAGGUUGGUAAGGGUUUAUCAAAAGAUUUUAAAGCUAGGAAACUUGCUUUGCUGCAUUGGCUUGAAGCAAUUGAUCCACGACAUCGAUAUGGACAUAAUCUACACUUUUACAAUGAUAAAUGGCUCAAGAGUCAAAGCAUGGAACCCUUUUUCUAUUGGCUAGAUAUGGGAGAAGGAAAGGAAAUAAAUCUUGACAAGUGUUCUAGGGCUAAACUUCAACAACAGUGUAUUAAAUAUCUUGGUCCUAUGGAAAGACUGUCUUAUGAAGUUGUUGUGGAAGAUGGAAAGUUAUUGUACAAGCAAUCAGGAGAGGUCCUUCAUACUAUAAAAGAAGGCUCAUGUUCCAAGUGGAUAUUUGUCCUUAGCACAUCUAAGAAUUUAUAUGUUGGUGAAAAGAAGAAAGGUUCAUUUCAGCAUUCAAGUUUUUUGGCUGGAGGAGCCGCAUCUUGUGCUGGAAGACUAGUCGUUGAACACGGUGUCUUGAAGGCUGUUUGGCCUCAAAGUGGUCAUUAUCGUCCAACAGAAGAGAAUUUUAAGGAAUUUACUACAUUCCUUGAAGAGAAUAAAGUGGACCUUUCCAAUGUGGAGGAAUGGAAGAGUUUCAAGGUGGAAGGUAUAGGGGAUUUUGUUUUGAAACAAAAACUCAAUCUUCUUAAAUGGAGGCUUAAAUGGUGGAAUAAAGAAGUUUUUGGUAGAAUCGAUUUGGAUAUUCAAGAGGAGGUAAGAGACAUCAAUCAUGGGGAUGUCUUGUUGGAAGCGGAAGGGGGAGAUAUUCAACCGGUUACUUUAUUUUAUAGGAAGAAAGCUACUAGUCGGUUUUGGAUGAAAUUGAGGAUAUAA